CUCUCUCCACAAAAUACCUGAAUCGCAUCGCAGUUCAAAAUCCAGGGUUUGAAAAUGUCGGGAAGAGGAAAGGGGGGCAAGGGUUUGGGGAAAGGCGGAGCCAAGCGCCAUAGGAAGGUGCUCCGCGACAACAUCCAGGGCAUCACGAAGCCGGCGAUUCGCCGCCUCGCUCGCCGUGGCGGCGUCAAGCGGAUCAGCGGCCUCAUCUACGAGGAGACCCGCGGCGUGCUCAAGAUAUUUCUGGAGAACGUCAUCCGUGACGCUGUGACCUACACGGAGCACGCUCGCCGGAAAACGGUGACGGCGAUGGAUGUCGUCUAUGCCUUGAAGAGGCAGGGCCGCACGCUCUACGGUUUCGGAGGCUGAAUGUCUUUUCAAUUUCUUGUUGCUAGUGUUACUUUGAUCUCGAAUUUGAAUUGGAUGUAGUCAUGUAGUAAUUGGUAAAAGCUCGGAGGAUUUUUGGUUCAAUUCACAAUUUACAUGACAACUAUAUUUAGCUA